GGGCGGCGGGUCCGAGCGUACCGACUGGCCGCAUCAUGGCGCCCAAAAGGAAGGGGAAGAAGGGAAAAGCCAAAGGAACUCCAGUUGUUGAUGGGAUUGCCCCAGCAGACAUGACCAAGGAGCAGGUGGAGGAGCAUGUAGGUCGCAUCCGGGAGGAGCUGGACCGGGAGAGGGAGGAGCGCAACUAUUUCCAGCUGGAGCGGGACAAAAUCCACACCUUCUGGGAGAUCACACGGAGGCAGCUGGAGGAGAAGAAGGCGGAGCUGCGGAACAAAGACCGGGAGAUGGAGGAGGCCGAGGAAAGGCACCAGGUGGAGAUCAAGGUGUACAAGCAGAAGGUGAAGCAUCUGCUCUAUGAGCACCAGAACAACCUGACAGAGAUGAAGACAGAGGGCACUGUGGUGAUGAAGCUAGCGCAGAAGGAGCACCACACACAGGAGGGCCUGCUACGCAAGGACAUGCGGGCACUGAAGGUGGAGCUUAAGGAGCAGGAGCUGGCCAAUGAGGCGGUGGUCAAGAACCUGCGGCUGAAACACACGGAGGAGAUCACGAAGAUGCGGAACGACUUUGAGAGGCAAGUGAAAGAAAUUGAGGCCAAGUAUGAUAAAAAGAUGAAGAUGCUAAGGGAUGAACUUGACCUGCGGAGAAAGACUGAAAUCCACGAGGUUGAGGAGAGGAAAAAUGGCCAGAUCAGUGUCUUGAUGCAGCGGCAUGAGGAAGCCUUCACGGACAUCAAGAACUACUACAAUGAUAUCACCCUCAACAACCUGGCCCUCAUCAACUCCCUCAAGGAGCAGAUGGAGGACAUGCGCAAGAAGGAGGAGCACUUGGAGAAGGAGAUGCUGGAGGUGUCACUGCAGAACAAGCGCCUGGUGGAGCCUCUGCAGAAGGCACGUGAGGAGAUGAGUGAGAUGCAGAAGAAGCUGGCAACCUACCAGAGGGACAAGCAGAUCCUGUUUUGCACUAAAGCACGUUUGAAAGUUGCUGAGAAGGACCUGAAAGGGCUGCAAUGGGAACACGAGGUGCUGGAGCAGCGCUUCCUUAAGGUGCAGCAGGAGCGAGAUGAGCUAUACCGGAAAUUCACUGCAGCCAUCCUGGAGGUUCAGCAGAAGGUUGGCUUCAAGAAUCUUAUCCUGGAGCGCAAGCUGCAGGCCCUCAGUGCUGUUGUGGAGAAGAAGGAAGUACAGCUUAGCGAGGUGCUGGCUGCCUCCAACAUGGACCCUGAAGCCUUAACUCUAGUGUCCCAGAAAUUGGAGGAUGUUCUGGAUUCCAAAAAUGACACCAUCAAGGACCUGCAGUACGAGUUGGCCCGGGUCUGCAAGGCUCACAAUGACCUGCUGCGCACCUAUGAGGCUAAGCUCCUGGCCUUUGGGAUCCCCCUGGACAACGUGGGUUUCAAGCCCCUGGAGACAGCUGUUGUGGGGCAGACUCUGGGCCAGGGCCCCGCAGGGCUGGUGAGCACUCCAACGUAGCCGGACCACUGCCUGGACCAUACCCCUUCACACAGCCAAGACAGUGCUCCAUUGCCAUGUUAGUAAAUGAAAGUUUUCA